AUGGAUUUUAAGACACCUCUCUUUCUCUUGUUUGUUCUUGGCUCAACUUCCCAAGCUCUCAAAUUCGAUAUCGGCGGAACCGCUGGAUGGUCUCUAAAGCCUUCCGAGAAUUACAACGAAUGGUCAGGGAGAAACAGUGGAACUGAUCAAAAUUGUGAAAAGGGUCAGAAAUUAAACCUUGUUGUCAUAUCCCCACGAGGACACACACCAUCUUCUGCUGCUCCUUCACUGUCUACCACCACCCAUCUCCCUCAACCUUCUCCAUUCCCAAACAAGAAUAACAACAACCCAUUCCAUCAUCUCACUGUAACCCAACCUCCACCGUAUCCACAACCGUCUCACAACCCAUUCCGCUAA